CCUGUCUGUCAGCACCUAGGCAAAAGCCGCAACUCAUCAACACAAAGACAGUUUUAAGCAUAGCGCAUUGGCAGGUGCAGGCCUUCUAACUGAAAAUAUUAUCAACAACAACCAAGGAAGCUUUGGAUCACAAAAAACAACUGGCACUCAACGUAAAGGGUCUGGUGUCUCACUCACUGCUCCACUGAAAAUUCACUCUGGGACCCUGAGGGACUUACGUUGAUCGCGGGACCAACGCUUAUCGGGAGCCGACCUGCACCAAGCCUGCCAUGGGAGAAAAGACUGAGAUGGCAUCAUGGAACGGUCUCCCCGUUGAGCUCAAAGGUCUAAUCCUCGGGCAUCUGGCCACUGGUGCCGUCACAGAGAGGCGCUCAAAAAUAUGGAAGGCCAAGGGCAAGCGUCAUGACAUGGGCAGCUACGCUGUGGUGUGUCGACAGUGGCAGGGGUUCAUCGAGAAGGUCAACUUCAGCAAUCUCGAGAUCAGCACCAGCAAGGACCUCGCCAGCUUCGACGAGAUAUUCCAGGACCCCAGUCGCCGCUCCUACCUGCGUCGCGUCUCACUCCGCGUCGAGCUGCCGCGCUACGCCAACAAGCUCGCCAAGAUACCCGAGACCGACGUCGAACAGAACGACAACGAGGUCGCCUUCACUCAGGGCAUCUGGAACUUCUUCGACAUUCUGAGCAAAUGGACGACUUCGGGCGCGGGUAUCGAGCUGGAGCUGAGCGCUGCCUCGCCCAGUGACAAGAACAAGUACUUUGGUGAAAUGGGCCUGGACCAGGAUGGUAAUUCACGCUUUUUCGAUCACGAUCUCGACUUUUGCUUCAUCACCGCCGGAUGCGACCAGGUCGGACGGCACGGCUUGCCCGAGGUCUCGGUCGUUAGCAGUUGCCAGGUCUUGCGUCGCAACCAUCGGAACUUCUCCUCUCGAGCGCUCCUCACCAUUUUUUCGAGUCUGCCCCAGCUUCACGAAGUCCGCUUUGAGCCUUGGCAUCAAGUUGACAUGGAGGCCCAGUUGGAAGUCGACUCAGAUCACGCCCGGACUCUCCCCUUCUGGCCGUCUCACAUCAAGCGGAUCAGCCUCUUUGAACACUUCGACGCAUUUGCCGAUGGUGGUGAGGGCGAGUGGGAGGAUGCCGACUCUGGCGACGAAAGUGAAGCAGAAGAAAACGCCGAUGCUGUUGCCGCUCCUGGUCCCACCAUGGACGACGAAGAAGACGAAGGCGUCCCGAGGACCUCAUGCCCCAGCUUGGGCCACAACCUGGGUUAUCUCAGUCUCCAAGCCGAGGAAAUGGCCGUCUCCAACGUGUCCGAUGUAAGCGACUUCUUCGAGGGCUUUCUUUCGCGCAGAAGCGCGCCACCCGUGUGGAAGCACCUCCGCCGGCUUGCGGUGACAUCGAACAUGAUGAUCGACGGUGUCGACGCUGAGCUCAUCAACAACGUCCUUCGCAUGGUGGCCAAUGCCGCGAAACACAUGCCGGCUUUGCAGGUCAUGGAGAUAUACAAGACUGACCAGUUUGGAGGCGCCGUCUUCCGCUACAGCGUUGAGACACUCUCAACGAAGGCCAGCUGGGAGAGCACUUGGGAUUUCCGUGUAGACAAGGACGUGAAAGCUGCAUGGGCAGAAGUUGCCAAGAAGAACACCCCUCACAGCCUGGAGUUCCUUCCCGAGAUACGUUUGGGCGACUAUCAAGGACCGUAUGUCUUCUUCGAUCACAACCUUGUGACGAAAGACCUUGUCCUCCAUCCGAGUUCGCUGGAGGACAUGCUGUCCAAGAAGUUAGACAAGUGCAAAGCAUGCCAUGGGUUCUGCGCGCAUCCUAAGAACGCGGAACAGGUUUGGGGCUCGCUCGGAGUUGAUGGAUAAAGUAUGCGAGCAUGGCUGAUGCAUUCACACGAGAUCAUGUCUAGAUACCCUGUACUUUGUAAAGUAUACACAUUGAACGCCUAGUUCACAUACAGACGGGGCGGUUGGGCAAAAGCAGCAUGGAUUGCACAUCAGUUCAGGAAAAUACCAAUCCAUUAAUAGCUUAUCUUGUGGUCUUCCA